CUCCUGAGAGACCUGCCGGCAGCCAUCUCUCCCAGGACACGCUAUGGCUGAAGAAAGGCGCAGACACCUGAGGUCCAACCGUGACGCCCUGAACAUGAAACAAAAGACAAAGGUCAACGUUGACAGGAGUGUCAAGUCUAAGUCUAUAACGGAAACACAUGAGAUUAUUACUCCUGUGACAGUAUCGAGCAGGCAGCCUUACAGAAAGAGCAACUCACAUCUACAUGUCAAAGGUCAACCAAGCAAUGAACCACGCUUGGUGCAAGACAAUAUAUACAAUUGUUCACAACAUCAAGGGGAAGCCCCAACUCACAAAAGGCCAAUCAAUGUUCAAAAGCAGCAAAAUAACCUUUCUCCUCCAGGAGCGGCUGUCAGAUAUAGUAAAUGUGUUCAAAGUAAGAGAUCGACUCAAAAGACUUUGAGGGAAACGUCACCACCGUGCUGCCGUAAAAUAAAGCAGUGUGGUCUGCAUUCAUUAGAAAAGAGGCCCAUUGGAGGUUUCCAGGCUGUUUCAUGCCCCAAAGAUGGAGGAAACCAUACAGGUUCUGAAGUAAUAAAUCAAAUCAAUCCUUAUAUCAAUAUCACAAUUCAUCCCACUACAAGUUAUGAGCUGGAUAAUUUAUUCAUGAAACCUCCUGUACUGACUUGUCCAACAGCCGCGGGAGAGGAAUUUGUCCAAUUACCAGAAGAUCUCAACUUAUCUUUUACAGAUGGAAAGAAAUGUUGUCAGACCACCUCAAAUCUUGUCUCUGGUAAGUCCCAUCCCUGGUUUGGAACAGAAUUCUUCCAAGAUCUAGAUUCUUUGGAAAAUUCUUGUAUGGAACCCACCAGAACGUCUUCAUAUGCAAAAGUUCCACCAUCAUAUUCACAUUUGGAAUUGGCUUCUGACAGUGUCCAUGAAGUUAAUCAUUUAGGUUUUUGUCCAAAUAUUAAACAUCCACCAAAUGUUUGGCAUACAAAAAUUCAAAAGCCUGAUUGUAUUGUGUCCAAUCAGAAUGGAGAAACCAGCCCAUAUUCUGACCUUUCUUUGGACUACCCAGAGAAACAGCUUCAAACUUUUUUUUCCAGUUUUGACUAUGAAUUGUUGGAUGGGCCGAAAAUUCCUUCCGAAAAUGUAAUUUUUAGAACUUCUACAAACCUACCUGGAGAUUUUGUCUUUGGACAGUAUAGUGGAAGCCAGUUUACUGGACGUAACCCAUUUCUGCCAUCUCAAGAUGAUGGGGAUGUCUUCCAUGAAAGGUUGGUUGAUUGGAAAGAAGAGUUUGGUGGGACUUCAUUGAAGAAACGUGAUGCGGAGCUUCAGAGAUUUCAAAAUAAUCUUCUUUUCCACUGUUUAAUCUCAAUUUCUAAAGACUACAUAUCCCAUGGUAUCUUGCUGCCUACAAGCAGUGAUUCCUGUAUUGAAUCUGCCUCCUAA